AAGAACGGCGAUGCUGGGGGCCGCGCGCCGGCACGUGGUGUGCGCUCUGUCCGGCGGCGUGGACAGCGCGGUGGCGGCCCUGCUGCUGCGGCGGAGAGGAUAUGAAGUCACUGGGGUAUUUAUGAAGAACUGGGACACUGUGGAUGAAAAAGGAUUUUGUUCUUCUGACAGAGACUGUGAAGAUGCUUAUAAAGUUUGCCAGACACUUAACAUACCCUUUCAUCAGGUUUCCUAUGUGAAAGAAUAUUGGAACGACGUGUUUAGCUACCUUUUAAAUGAAUAUGAAUUGGGAAGGACCCCUAAUCCUGAUAUUAUAUGUAAUAAAUACAUCAAAUUCAAUUAUUUCCUACAUUAUGCUGUGGAUAAUCUUGGAGCUGAUGCAAUUGCAACUGGUCAUUAUGCAAGGACGUCCCUGGAAGAUAAUGAAGUUUUCCAGCAAAAAUACAUACAGAGGCCACAAGGACUCUUCAGAAAUAGAUUUGAAGUAAGAAAUGCUGUAAAACUUCUUCAGGGAGCGGAUCGCUUUAAAGAUCAGACAUUCUUCCUCAGUCAGAUAUCACAAGAGGCCUUGCGGAGAACGAUUUUUCCUCUAGGAGAGUUAACAAAAGAGUUUGUGAAGAAGAUAGCCGCGGAACAUUGCCUUCACCAUGUACUGCAGAGAAAAGAGAGCAUGGGCAUCUGUUUCAUCGGUGAAAGGAAUUUUGAAAAGUUCAUUCUUGAGUAUUUGGAGCCACGUCCUGGUAACUUCGUGUCCAUUGAAGAUGACAAGGUCAUUGGAACGCACAAGGGUUGGUUCUUGUAUACAUUGGGCCAGAGAGCCAGGAUAGGAGGCCUCAAAGAUGCUUGGUUUGUUGUUGAUAAAAAUAUAGCCUCUGGGGAUGUCUUUGUGGCACCCGCUAGAGACCACCCUGCCCUUUACAGAGAUCUUCUGCGGACAAACAGAGUGCACUGGAUAGCAGAGGAACCCCCUGCAGAGCUCAUUCAGGACAAAAUGAUGGAGUGCAAUUUCCGCUUUCAGCACCAGAUGGCACUAGUGCCAUGCACAUUAACUCUAAAUCAGGAUGGGACAGUAUGGGUGACAUUAGCCAAGCCAAUAAGGGCUCUUACGCAGGGGCAGUUUGCUGUUUUCUACAAGGGUGAUGAAUGCCUUGGCAGUGCAAAGAUCCUGAAACUGGGUCCAACAGUGUAUACUUUGCAACAGGGCAGAAACAGAGAAAAGAUGCCUCAGAAUGUGCCAGCCGGUGAGGUCAAGGUCGAGCCAAUCACGUAGCCGCUAGCUUUCUUAACCAAGCCAAAGACUUUAUUACUUAAAAGACUUCAAUUUUAUUUUAUUUUUUAAAUGAUUCAAAUGGACUUACAGUCACAGAAGGACACACAUGUGUAUGUAUGGACAUAUUUGUUUGGUUAUUUUCACAGGGGUAAAUGAAGAUCAUGUUUUACGGGGUGCUUUUUAAAUAAAAUAUUUUUGAUGGGGUGAGUGACUUGUGUUGGAGAGAAACCUAGAAAAGGGUUAACUGUUCCAGCCUUACAGAACAAUCCUCUGUGUGUGUACUCAGAAGAAAAUUCCAGUCAAUUCAAUGAGACUUACUCUCUAUACUGUUUGCCUGGGGUAGGCAGAAAGUAGAUCUCCAGGUGUUUG